UCACACCACUCACCCCUCCACUCUUCUCCGCCUCCCCCGUCACCAUCUCCGCUCCUCGCCUCGCCACCUCUCGCCCGCCCAACCCACAUCCCUCGUUCCCCACGCCGAUCUGACCCCUCGCCGCGCGGCACGCUCGCUGGAAUCGACGAUAUGCCGCAGCCUGCAAUGAUCCGACGACUCGCCACCGUUGCCGCAGGAUCCUGCGGAAAGCGGGCUGUCAGGGCACUCUCUGUCGCAAAUCACGCGCACGGCACUGCCACGUCAGCAGUGGAGGGCGGUGCGUCGUUCCACAGCAGCGCGACGGCCAAUGCACCUGAGCCCACGGCCUCCUCUGGUGCCCAAAACUCCGUUCCCUUUCCAAGGGAGGGUCCCGGAGUGAGCUAUGCGCUGAACUGGUCACUGGCGGCAGCGGGCGUCACGCCAGCAGGCCUCGUGCAGAGGAACGUCAAGCCCUCUAAGCUCGGCGCUGCUGCUCCCGCUGGAAGCAAGGCCCCUGCGCGCGUGGCCGUGAAGGGCUCUAAGGACCUCAGCAAGGCUGACUACAACAAGCUUCUUAAGGAGGUCACGGCGCACCUGUCCUCGCUGCCGUCUGUGUUCGUGCAAGACGGGGCCGUGGGCUCCGCCUCUCUCUCUGACGUGCGCACCCGAGCCAUCUGCGACUCCCCCGCUGCUGCAGCCGCCAUGGCUGCGCUCCUCUGCCCCACGCCCACGCGCACUCUCGCUGCCGACUCCUUCCCCCUCACUGCCUAUGUGGCGCCCAACUUCAAGACCAACACGGCAGGCGACGCGCUGAUAGCAGUGGACUGGGAGACCUCGUCUCUUGUUGUCACGGGCGCUGCUGUGGCCGAUGCAGCUUCCAUCCAGGCUGUGCUCGCCGCUGCUGCUGGCUCUGCUGCACUCAAGAAGGGCGCUCUGCUGCUCAAUGCCAGGUUUAUUUCCGCCAAGCCUGGCUCCUGCCUUCUUCUCUCUCCCCCGUCCGCCGCCUCUGUGCUACCCAAGUCCUCAGCGUUUCCAGAGGACUCCCUCCUGUGGAGUGCGGGCGGCGUGGCCCGUCUCUUUCCGGGCAAGGACGCGUCGGCACCGAACCUCUACGUGGGGCCAAAUGCAGUGGUGCUGCUGACGUCAGACAGCUCGAAGGUCCUCCCUCCAGUGCUCAAGCUGUCCCCCAAGCAAGCGGCCUUCUACUUCCUGGCAGGCUACGACGGGGCUGCCUUCAACCCCGCCUUCGCCCCUCCUGCCUUCGCCCCUAAGCCUGCUGCUGCCGCUCUGGCUGCUGCUGCUGGUGGGGCGGCGCCGCUUGCUCUCGCUUUGAAGCUAGCAGAGCAGCUUGAGGCCACCUCCACUCCUGCCUAUCUCAUCAACACCUUCGAAGAGCAAGAUCCUGGGAAGCUCGUCCAUGCGGCAAUAUCCGGGAAGAUUCCAGCAGCCAAGAAGCCCACAGAGGAAGCAUUGACCACUCUUCGAUCCAAAUUCGAUGCCUUCAUUAAAGGCCGCUUCCCUGAUCUGCCAGAAGACAUCUCGCCACUGUAGGUCUAAAGUUAUACAAAGAAUGAAGUGUUGAUGAAAUCCCAAGAAAAGGUGCGAAUAAUAGCUGCGGAUCUUCCUUUCGGGUUUGGCGUGUGUGAAGCUCCAUUGUGAGUCUAGAUUUUCCUGUCAUUCCAACUUGUCGAGUAGUAUGCAACAAGGCUACUCAUUGGGUAUACUGUGUACUGCCCGGUCGACUGUGCAUUGCAUCAAAUCUGUGCAUUAGGGUGUAUUCCUGGGAAGCGGGAUCAAUAUCAGCAUUCGCAAGAUCGAGGCUGAUCUGGUCGGACAACCUGAACCACUCAGAUCAGACUUGUUGAGCUCACACCAGGUCAGCAUGAUUGGAAAGCCACAAGG